CCACGUUUCCGAUGACGAAAAAAGCAGCCUGAAACUGACAGAUAAAAACGUGACAGACCUCCCGACGUUUAUUCCGACUUGAGGAAAUAAACUUCUCCGCACGCAAAGGGGGACUGACGGGUGCAGACUUUUUUCCUCAUGGCACACUUCACGCUGCUCGUUCUGACACUUGUUCUCGCUGCUGGAGCGAGUGUUUUAAAGCCUGGUCUUGAAACAGUGGAGUCAAGCGUAAAGAAAGAGAAAGUUUUCACCACAACCGGCAAAGAAUGCAAGUUUCCAUUUCGUCUGGGGGGACGGAUUCAUCAUAAAUGCAUCACCAUCUCAUCCUCCAGAUCAUGGUGUUCUGUCACACACAACUUUGAUCGGGACAGACAGUGGGGCAUCUGCGCUCAAGAGAAACGUCACCUACAAGACUCGGCCCCAGGUCCUCGCAGAGCCGCAGAUCCGUGUCAGGUGAAUCCGUGUCAGAAUGGAGGCGUGUGUACGCCGACGCCUCACACGGGCUCCGUCAAGUGCUCCUGUCCCGACAGCUUCACCGGGAAACGCUGUGAGCAAAAGAAAUGCUUUGAAACCAAACACUCGCGCCACUAUGACAUCGGAGAGUCUUGGGGACGAAUUCACCUUCGUAAUGUGGAACAAUGCACAUGUGCAGCCGGGGAGAUCAAGUGUGAGAGAGUCCACUACACAAAGUGCAGCACAAACCCCUGCCAGAACGAUGGGACAUGUAGACUGAUCCCAUCCACUGGAAAGGAAGUGUGUUACUGCAAAAAUGGCUACGGCGGGCCUCACUGCAGCCUCGAGCCAGAGACUGAGUGCUACAGCAGCAGGGGCACAGCUUACAGAGGAGUGGUGGGCACCACGGUGUCCGGCGCCCGGUGUCUGCCUUGGAACUCCGAUCUGCUCUUUGACGAGCUCCAUGUGGGCACAGUGGUUGCGUCAGCCCUCAGGGGCCUCGGGGAGCAUGCCUACUGCAGAAACCCAGAUGGGGACAAGAAGCCGUGGUGCUACACGGUAAAUGACAGCGCCAUCUCCUGGGAGUACUGUGACGUCCCCUCCUGCGUGAUGGCUCUCUCUUUUUCCCGAAGGAUCAUCCCGUUCCAAGUCUGGCCCGGUAUUAAAAAACCAAACCCCACUAAGCCGAAGCUGAAGCCGAAGCCGAAGCGGCCCAGAAGUCCUGCGUGUGGGACGAGACACAAGAAGAGGUUAACGGUGGCCAGGGGCCGUAUUUUGGGUGGAAGUUCAGCCCUGCCAGGUACUCAUCCAUGGAUGGCAGCUAUUUAUAUUGGACAGUCAGACUUCUGCGCCGGCAGUCUGAUCUCUUCCUGCUGGAUCCUCUCCGCAGCACACUGCUUCUUCCGCAACCCUUUGAAAUCCCAAAUCCGCGUGGUGCUGGGCCAGCAGGGCUUCAACAUCACCGGGCCCAACACCCGGACCUUCGAGGUGGAGGACUACAUCUUUCCAGAGCAGUUCUCCGUGUUCAAUCCCACGCUACAUGACAUCGUUCUGGUCAAACUGAAGAAGCAGGGCGGGCGAUGCGUGAGGAAAACCCCCUUCAUCAGGCCCAUCUGCCUCCCAGGAAAAACCACCACGUUCCCCGACGGCUUCUGCUGCGCUAUAAGCGGCUGGGGACACAUGUACGAGAAGGCGAACCAGUACUCCAGUCUGCAGGAGGCCGGCGUGAGGCUGUACCCGCAGGACAAGUGCAGGAGACCAGAGGUGUACGGCCAGCACGUCACCGGCGACAUGAUCUGCGCCGGGCUCAACGGCUGUGCCGACGCGUGCCAGGGCGACUCCGGCGGCCCACUGGCUUGUGCGAAGGGUGACGUCAGCUUCAUCUACGGGAUCAUCAGCUGGGGAGACGGCUGCGGCCACUCAGCAAAGCCGGGAGUUUAUACAAGAGUGGCCAACUAUAUCGACUGGAUAAAUUCAAAGAUCACACGCAAACCCAAGGCUUCAUGAAUAACCGCGACUGUAGGAUCUGAGUUAUUGUAGUUUAUAAAUAUAUAUAAAUAUAUAUAUACAUAUGAAUAUAUUUUAAGUGUUAUUUUAUUUUUUUGUAAUAAUUAUGGAAGUUUAUGGGAUACUGUCUUUAACUGUG